AUGUCCGCGUGGGAGAUGACCAAGGCGGCGCUGCGGAAGGUGUGCAAGGACAACAACGGGUACGCGCACGCGCCGGAGCUCAACGACGUCCUCCAUCUGCACUGCAAAGGGAUCGCGGAGAUCGAAAACCUGGAAGACUACGUCGGCCUCAAGGCGCUGUACCUCGAGUCCAACUCGAUCGAAUCCCUCCGCGGGCUUCUUCACCUCGCGAAUCUCCGGUCGCUGUACAUCGCGAAGAACUAUCUCUGCGCGCUGCACGGCGCGACGUCGUUGACGUCGCUGACGACGCUCGACGUGAGCGACAACAAGAUCCGGUCGUUCGAGGGUUUGCGAGGACACGCCGCGAUCACCACGCUCAUCGCGAGCGGCAACGCCGUCGCGGACGUCUCCGGGAUCGAGCCGCUGGACGGCUGCGCGUCGCUCGUGACGAUCGAUCUGUCGAAGAACAAGCUGAGUGGCGCGGAGUGCGCGGACUUCUUUCUGGAGAAGUUCGCGGACCGCGCGAAGCUGUUGAAACUCCAGGGGAACCCGGUCGUGAGCGAGGUGCCGAGCUACCGGAAAAAGAUGGUCUCCGGCUUGCGUGCGCUGAGGCGCGUCCUCGUCGUCACACCGGUGCCCAUACGACCCCGUCCGCGUUGUGAACGCCGUUCCUCGAGGACGGGCUCACGCCCGCCGGCGUCGCGUGUCUCUCCGCCCAGGGUCCCGCGGAUUCAAUCCCGACGCGCGCGCCGCGACGCCUUUCAAUCCCCGCCCUCGACGCCUUUCAACGCCACCUGA